AUGGACUCGAUGCAGGAUGAUGUCCCCAUCAAGCGACCGCCAGAGGACGAAGAACCCUUUGAUCCAAGCAGAGCCCCUCCAAAGCGACAGACUAUAGCGAUUCCAGCUACCAAUGGGCAAAGCGAGCCAUCCAUUGCUCCCUCUUCUGAUGCCACAGACCAUCAAUUGAUGGGCAAAACUCCAGGCGAGCUGGUCACCAUCAUCCUUGCGAUGCGGUCCUCCCACGAACAGCAGCUGGCCGAGCUGCAGAACCAGUACGCGGUUGUCAGCCGUCAAUUGGAGCAUUUAACAAGUUCCCUGAACGGCUACUUUGCCUCGCAGAUAUCAGCUCUCCAGUCUGUCCAGCAGAAGGUUGCCUCCGUUUCGACCCCUGAGCAAGCCAGAGCUUUCCCCUCCACUACAUACAAAAUCCCGAAUGCUGCAAACGGGAUUCCUGCGCAGACAUCAUCUAACCCACCAUUUUCGGCUGUACGACAAACGCCUGUGCCCUCAUUCGUGCCCAUCUCGCCAUCCACACCCAUUGUGAACGGCUUGUCGAGCACGCCAAAUCCUCGAAGCUCACGCCUCGAAACCCCGUCUGUUGUAGCUUUCACUCCUAUCAAGACGCCCACCGGCGCCUCUGUCGAGCCACGAGACAAGAAGGACCUCAAGAUCACGCCGUCCCCCAACGCGAGCCAACCACCCACCGUCGAAGUAAGCUACCUCGAGACAGCAUGGGAGGCCUGGGAAGAGUUCCGCUACGGCCGCAACGGCAACCCGUCGCUCGAGACCCUCGACGCCGUCUGGGGCCCUAGGUGGCGCCAGGACUUCAAGCUGAGAGAGUUCUACAAGCGGCGCAAGGCAAUCGCCGACAAGAUCAAACAAUACAUGGCGGAUGGGAUCGACGAGCAGAGCGCUGUCAGAGCGCUGGACACGCAACGUAGCAAGCGGAAGCUGAAUUGGCUGUCCCUACGAAUCUUGGACGAGCGCAAGGCGCAGAAGGAGCAGUACAAGGAGGCGCGGAAGGCCGCACUCGCGAACAAGGAAGCCUUGAUGAGGGGUGCCUCGCCAGCGGUCGCGGCGGAUCCGCAUCCGUCCCCCCCUCAGACUCAGCCAAGUCAGCAGAUGCAGCAGACACAGCAGACGCAGCAGACACUCUAG